AAAAUUUCCAAGUUUUGUUUGCCCCUGCCUCUUCUACCGUUAGUGAAGAGCACGCCUCGCCACUCUCUGCGUUCCCCUUCACUCUCUCGCUGUCCAAUAUCUCAUAUACGAACAUUACUACUCCGACUUUCCGUUUUCAUUGGCGGUUUCAAAUUUCCGUUCUGCUCAAUUCUGCAACCUAUCGAUGGUUGAUCCCAUCUCAUUUCCGCCUCAAUUUUAUCCCUUCUCGUUGAUGAAGUAGCAGAAGCAAUUGAGGACGCUACAAAUUACCAUGGGUGUUUCAGUGACAAAUUUGGAUGCAACUUUCCAAGGGGCAGGACAGAAGGCUGGGAUUGAGAUCUGGCAUAUUGAAAAUUUUCAUCCUGUGCCUAUUCCUGAGUCGUCUUAUGGAAAAUUUUAUACAGCAGACUCUUACAUUAUUUUAAAGACCACUGCCUUGAAAAGUGGCGCCUUACGACAUGAUAUUCAUUAUUGGCUUGGAAAAGAUACUAGUCAGGAUGAAGCUGGUACUGCAGCCGUUAAGACUAUUGAACUAGAUGCAGUCCUUGGAGGACGUGCUGUUCAAUAUCAUGAAGUGCAAAGCAAUGAAACUGAGAAGUUUCUUUCUUAUUUCAAGCCAUGUAUAAUCCCUCAAGAAGGUGGAGUUGCAUCAGGUUUCAAGCAUGCUGAAGCAAAAGAGUACAAGAUCCGUUUGUUUGUAUGCAAAGGGAAGCAUGUUGUACAUGUAAAAGAGGUUCUUUUUGCUCGGUCCUCUCUCAAUCAUGAUGACAUCUUUAUCCUUGAUACCAAAUCUAAAAUCUUCCAAUUCAGUGGUGUCAAUUCAUCUAUUCAAGAGAGGGCCAAAGCACUUGAAGUUGUUCAGUACAUAAGAGAUACUUACCAUGAUGGAAAAUGUGAGGUGGCUGCAAUUGAGGAUGGCAAACUCAUGGCUGAUGCUGAUACUGGGGAAUUCUGGGGUCUGUUUGGUGGAUUUGCUCCACUUCCAAGGAAAACAACUAAGAGGGACACUAAAAGUGCUGUUGCUAUCUUCAGCAGAUUGUAUCGAGUUGAGAAAGGGCAGCCAGAACCUGUUGAUGCUGAUUCUUUGACGAAGGACAUGCUAGAUACAAAUAGAUGCUACAUUCUUGAUUGUGGAAUUGAAGCUUUUGUGUGGAUGGGAAGGAAUACUUCUCUUGAUGAAAGGAAAACUGCAAGUGUUGCUGCAGAUGAACUGUUACAUGGCCUUGAUAGAACCAAAUGUCAUGUAGUUCGCUUGAUUGAAGGAUUUGAGACAGUGAUGUUUCACAAAAAGUUUGCCUCUUGGCCCCAGUCAACUGAUGUGGCUGCACCAGAGGAUGGUAAAGGAAGAGUUGCUGCGCUUUUAAAACGCCAAGGGAUUAACGUGAAGGGUCUUAUGAAAGAUUCUCCUCCCAAAGAAGAACCUCAACCUUGUAUAGAUUGCACGGGGGAUUUGCAGGUUUGGCGUGUAAAUGGUCAACAGAAGACUCUUCUUCCAGAAUCUGAUCAGUCAAAGUUCUAUACUGGGGACUGUUUCAUAUUUCAGUAUUCUUAUCCGGGGGAAGAUAAAGAGGAGUAUCUUAUUGGAACGUGGUUUGGGAAGCUAAGUGUUGAGGAAGAUCAAAUCUCAGCUACUUCACAGGCAAGUAAAAUGGUCGAGUCCAUGAAGUUCUUGGCUACUCAGGCUUGCAUCUAUGAAGGAUUUGAACCAAUCCAGUUCCUUGCUAUAUUCCAGAGCCUUAUUGUUUUCAAGGGAGGUCUUAGUGAAGGAUACAAGAAGUUUCUUGCCGGAAAAAAACUUCCCGAUGAUACAUACAGUGAAGAUGGUAUUGCAUUAUUUCGAGUACAGGGUACUGGACCAGAUAAUAUGCAAGCCAUCCAAGUUGUUCCGGUGGCAUCAUCCUUGAACUCGUCAUAUUGUUACAUACUACACAGUGGCUCCUCUGUCUUCACGUGGUAUGGAAAUCUUACAACCUCUGAUGACCAGGAUCUUGCUGAGCGGCAAUUGGAUCUUAUAAAGCCUGAAAUGCAGUCUAGACUGCACAAAGAAGGUGCAGAAUCUGAACAAUUCUGGGAUAUUUUGGGUGGUAAAUCUGAAUACUCUAGCCAGAAGAUUGAAAGGGAUAAUGAAAGUGACCCUCAUCUGUUCUCAUGCACCUUCUCAAAUGGAGAUUUGAAGGUGGUAGAAAUUUACAAUUUCAAUCAGGAUGACCUCUUGACUGAAGAUAUAUUCAUCCUAGACUGUCUUUCAGAUAUUUAUGUCUGGGUUGGGCAGCUUGUGGAAAACAAGAAUAAAAAGCAGGCUUUAGUUAUUGGUGAGAAAUUUCUCCAAAAUGAUUUCCUUCUGGAGAAAUUAUCUCAGCAGGCUCCAAUAUACAUUGUUUUUGAAGGGAGUGAACCUACUUUCUUUACUCGCUUUUUCACCUGGGACUCUAUGAAAGCUGCUAUGCAUGGAGACUCGUUCCAAAGGAAACUUGCCAUAGUGAAAAAUGGUGGUACUCCAACAGUGGUUAAACCAAAAAGGAGAACACCUUAUGGUGGAAGGUCUAAUACAUCUGAAAAACCUCAACGUUCUAGAAGUUUGUCUUCCAGCCCUGAUCGAGUUCGCCCUAGGGGCAGGUCUCCUGCCUUCAAUGCCCUGGCUGCUAAUUUUGAGAACCCAAAUACAAGGAACCUUUCAACUCCUCCACCAAUGGUGAGAAAGGUUUAUCCAAAAUCUGUAACUCCUGAUUCAACAAAACUGGUUUCUAGAUCAGCGGCUAUUGAGGCAUUGACAGCAUCCUUUGACAAGCCAUUGCCAGCCCGGAAAGUCAUCAUUCCAUCCUUUACUAAAGGUCGAGCAAGCACCGAUGCAUCAAAACCAAGCCCAGAGGAAAAUUCAAAACCAGAAACGAUAAAGGAAGAUGUAAAAGAGGGUGAUGUUGAAGAUGAUGAUGGACUUCCAACAUACCCUUAUGACCGACUCAAGACCACAUCAACUGAUCUUAUUACGGUUGGAAUUGAUGUAACCAAGCGGGAGGCUUAUUUGUCUUCACAAGAGUUCACGGAGAAAUUUGGGAUGAAUAAGGAUGCCUUUUAUAAGCUACCAAAGUGGAAACAGAACAAACUAAAAAUGACCCUUCAAUUGUUCUGAGUCUAUGGCAUCUAAUCCUAUUCUAGUCUCACUUAAAGUCAAGGAGAAUGCUAUGGAAAAUCGAAAGGGGGCACCAACUCUGUAGCUACUCCAGCUCCAAAGAAGGGAUUUUUUAUUAGAUGGUGGAUGGAUUAGAAAAUUAUCCAUUAACUUCAUUUUUGGUGAUAUAUUCCUUUACAGGUUAGAUGAUUGGUACACUUUUUUAUCGCAGGUUUGCUGUUAAUUUGUAACUUUGGUGCUUCAUUUUUUACCCUUCCCUCUUUUUUAAGGUAUAGCUUUUCUAAGUGUAAUCAGGGAGUCUGAAACAACGCAGACUCAGAAAUUGUGAUGCGAGUGAGUACUGUACAGAUGUGAAAACUAGUCCGCUGGUUUCCUCUUGACCAAUUAAAGCUAGAAAUUUUCUUUUUUCUUGAAA